CUUUGGGGGGCGUGCCAUUAGCCGUCAUAACUGUAACCCGGAUGUGUAACAGUGUCUGUCUGAAAACGCGAUCCGGCUAAAGGAACAGAAUCAGAGAGCUCAGCGAGUGCGCAGACAGACGGACGGACAGACGGGCAGACUGUCGGCACAGCUGGCUCAGUGCUGGCUGUCUCAGGCCGCACAGAUGUCUGCAGGACUUUGAUCUAAGACGAAGGCUGGCGCCUCCUCUGCUGUGACUCCCCCCAGCUCAGCGCUGGCCAUGUCAAGAGUUCCGAGCCCCCCUCCCCCGGCGGAAAUGUCAAGCGGCCCUGUGGCUGAAAGCUGGUGUUACACUCAGAUUAAAGUGGUGAAGUUCUCCUACAUGUGGACCAUCAACAACUUCAGCUUCUGCCGGGAAGAGAUGGGCGAGGUCAUUAAAAGCUCCACCUUCUCCUCGGGAGCCAAUGACAAACUGAAAUGGUGUCUGCGAGUGAACCCCAAGGGCCUAGAUGAGGAGAGCAAGGAUUAUCUCUCCCUCUACCUACUGCUGGUCAGCUGUCCCAAGAGUGAAGUGCGUGCCAAGUUUAAAUUCUCCAUCCUCAAUGCCAAGGGAGAAGAGACCAAGGCCAUGGAGAGCCAGAGAGCGUACCGCUUUGUCCAGGGGAAGGACUGGGGCUUUAAGAAGUUCAUCCGCCGGGAUUUCCUUCUCGACGAGGCCAACGGCCUGCUUCCAGAUGACAAGCUGACCCUGUUCUGUGAGGUGAGUGUGGUGCAGGACUCUGUGAAUAUUUCGGGUCAGAACACCAUGAACAUGGUGAAGGUUCCGGACUGUCGGCUAGCGGACGAGUUGGGAGGAUUGUGGGAAAACUCGCGGUUCACGGACUGCUCGCUCUGCGUGGCGGGGCAGGAGUUCCAAGCGCACAAGGCCAUCCUGGCAGCCCGCUCACCGGUGUUCAGUGCCAUGUUCGAGCACGAGAUGGAGGAGAGCAAGAAGAACCGCGUGGAGAUCAACGACGUGGAGCCCGAGGUUUUCAAAGAGAUGAUGUGCUUCAUCUACACGGGCAAGGCGCCCAACCUCGACAAGAUGGCCGACGAUCUGCUGGCAGCCGCGGACAAGUAUGCUCUGGAGAGGCUGAAGGUGAUGUGUGAGGACGCUCUGUGCACCAGCCUGUCCGUAGAGAACGCAGCGGAGAUCCUCAUCCUGGCCGACCUGCACAGCGCCGAUCAGCUCAAGACGCAGGCCGUCGACUUCAUCAACUACCACGCCUCGGAUGUGAUGGAGACGUUGGGCUGGAAGUCGAUGGUGGGCUCUCACCCUCACCUGGUGGCGGAGGCGUACCGCUCUCUGGCGUCGGCGCAGUGUCCCUUCCUGGGCCCGCCCCGGAAACGUCUGAAACAGACCUAGAGACGCGCACCACCACUCCCCCCCGCACGCGCCUUCCUCAGCCAAGAGCCGGGCUGCUCUCCUCCCGUCUCCUCAAAUGGACCUGACCGUUCCGCCAAAACCGUUGCUCUCUUUCUGCUCCCGGCGCUGCCCUGUUCGCUGCCUCUCUCUCUCUCUCUCUCUCUCUCUCUCUCUCUCGAGAUUGAUGCUCAUUGAAGCUGCAGCAGGAAGACUCAGAUGAACGGCAGAGCAGACAGAUCCAGCUCACCCCCCCCCCCCCCCCCCCCCCCCUCCUCCCGGGCACUGGAGACCCUGUGCGAAGGGCAGCACGGAGCAGAUUCUUCUGGAAGAUCAGACCGCUGAACUAGACCCCAUUUCAAAUCCGCACGGAUGUGAGACUCUGGGACCCUCGAUUCUACUUUCCGGUUUUUGGCGCUCCGUCUGAGAGGGAGAGGGCUGGAAACCAGGGCGCCUCUAAAAAAGCGUCAGUUAGAAAAGCGGCAAUUUAAAGAUAAAGACGGUAAAACGAUCGCAGGAUCUUAAACGGACAAAUGGGUGUUUACAAAUGUUUGUGAGACGGCGGCACCUGACCCAGUUGUCAUCCGUUAGAGAGAAUCUGAGACGGCGCUUGAAAAGGCUGCACCGAGAUGAAACGGCGGGGCCUACUUCUAGUAUCGCUUCUCUCGAAAAUCUGCUCUCCCCUUUCUGCGGCUCCGCGUAGAGGAAACCGAAGGCGACCAAAAUGUGGGAGGCAACGGCAAUUAGCAGAGUACUGAAGAGACAGCCUGAAGCCAAGCGUCUGCAACAAGACGAGGUGCCGCGCUGAACUUUGAGACGCGCUUUACCUUUACAAAACAAGCCACGUAAGCAAAGCCUCAGAGAUAAAAGGGCAGAAAAUAUAAAUUCCAAUUUUUUUUGACAUCUUUUGUAUUUGAAGUUUUCUCCCAGUAGCACUUGCGUAAUUAAAAUCCAAGAGUUCUGUAGGGAUAGAAAAAGGACAAAAAAGGGACGAUAAAGGAAAGCGCGGGUGAAUUUGAUGGUCGGUGCCGCCGAACAUUCGCCUGGCGCGUGACGGGCUUUGUGCUUUGAUUUCUCCUUUUGAUUUCAGGCGAUAAAAGACACUUACAGUAAAUGUCUUUUCAUAGAAGUUUGUACAAACAUCUGUGUUUUCAGAAGAGGAAAAAAGUAGUUUUUUCUCCAUGAAAAUUAAAUGCAAACAAGAUUUUGGUUUGGGAAUAAAUGAAAGUGAACACGUUUUAAUGUUCGGGAUAACCAAACUAUUUCUGUAAGAAAAGGGCAAAAAAGCAAAAAAUAAAGACACCAUUGGUUCUUUUUACUUGAA